GUCGCGUGGCGUCGCUGUGAUCUGUCUGUUCUGUGUUUUCAAUCGCACUCCUGUAAAAAUGGCGGACGUUUUAGAUCUCGACGGAGGCGCAGAAGAAUUCGAAGUUGAUGAGGAAGGAGACCAGAGCGUGCAGAAGCUCAAAGAGCGGGCCCGCAAGAGGAAAGGCCGAGGAUUUGGUUCAGAAGGGACUGCCAGAGAGGAGAUCCAUGAAUAUGAUGCAAUGGACACUGAUGAUAAUGAUGAACCGGGCCCACAGAGGUCGGUUGAAGGCUGGAUUUUGUUCGUAACUGGCGUGCACGAAGAAGCACAGGAAGAUGACAUUUAUGAGAAGUUUGCCGAGUAUGGAGAGCUUAAGAACCUGCACCUCAACCUUGAUCGCAGGACAGGAUUCCUCAAGGGAUAUGCCCUUGUAGAGUAUGAAACCUUCAAGGAGGCCCAAGCAGCCAUAGAUGCCCUGAAUGGGGCAAAAAUCCUGGACCAGGUGAUCAAUGUGGACUGGGCCUUUGUGAAAGGACCCACAAAAAAAAAAAGAAGCCAUCGUCGCAGGGACCGGUCAUCUGACAGGAGGCGUCGUUGAUUCAUGUCCAAAAAUGAUUUCACAGUUCUUUUU